CUCCGCUGCUCAGCUCAACUGUCGAUCGUUGCAGACGUUUGUGUUUGUUGUUGUUCUUGAUUAGUGGUUGUGUACUGUUGAGAGUUAGACAAGGACGAAGAACGUGAUUGAAAUGGUUUUCCUAUCAACACCAUCUUUGUAACCGUCACUUUUCUGAGCGAGUUAGUUUCAAACAACAACAGAAAUGGACUCACCAUUUUUGAAUCUGUCUCUGGGCGAAAAUGCGUCAGAUAAACAAGAAAGCCGUCUCUUACUACGAUAUGCCAGCCAAAGCUCUUUGGAUGAGAGCUCUCAGAAACAUGUGCCUCGAUCUGGGACCAAAGAAAAGCCCCCAUAUCAUAACCAUCACCAUACAAACCGAGCAUUUGAAGUUAUGAAUGUCAUGCGCAGGCAAAAUCUGUUAUGUGAUGUCACACUCAUUUCGGACAAUAACUCAGAAGUAUCUGCUCACAAAAUGGUACUUGCUGCUUGCAGUCCUUAUUUUUAUGCGAUGUUCACUAGUUUUGAAGAGAGCAAAUCUGAAAGAGUUACUUUACAAGGAGUAGACUCCACUGCUUUGCAAUUGCUUGUUGAUUAUGUGUAUACCUCAGAAGUGCAUGUUACUGAAGAAAAUGUUCAGGUUCUGCUGCCCGCUGCUAAUCUUCUUCAGCUUACUGAUGUUCGAGAUGCCUGCUGUGAUUUUUUGCAAGGACAGUUGCACCCAACCAACUGCCUUGGUAUAAGAGCAUUUGCAGACUUGCAUGGCUGUUUAGAACUACUAUCUCAUGCUGACUCUUACAUUGAGCAGCAUUUCUCGGAAGUCGUAGAAUGUGAAGAGUUUUUAACACUGUCACCUCAGCAGGUUUCUAAACUCAUUUGUAGUGAUCGCCUGACUGUCCCAUCUGAAGAAAAGGUGUUUGAAUGUGUCGUGGGAUGGGUUCAUCAUGACCUAGAAACAAGACAAACCCAGUUACCCCUUCUGAUGGAACAUGUGCGCUUACCUUUGCUAUCACAGGAUUAUUUAAUGCAAAGAGUGGAAGAAGAACCAUUACUCAAAGCAAAUCUUCAGUGCAAAGACUUCUUAAUUGAAGCAUUUAAAUACCAUUUGCUCAAAGGGGAACAAAAAUUGUCAUUUAAAACCCCAAGAACAAAGCCAAGACAACCUGUUGGACUCCCCAAAGUACUACUUGUGGUUGGUGGCCAGGCUCCGAAAGCUAUUAGAAGUGUGGAGUGUUUUGAUUUCAAAGAGGAAAGGUGGUUCCAAGUUGCAGAAAUGCCAUCAAGACGUUGCAGAGCUGGUCUUUCAAUUAUUGGAGGACGAGUCUACGCCGUUGGAGGCUUCAAUGGCUCAAUGCGGGUUCGGACCGUUGAUGUUUAUGACCCUUCCACAGAUCAAUGGACCUCCUGUUCCAGUAUGGAAGCUCGCCGCUCAACACUGGGAGUAGCUGUUUUAAACAAUUGUAUCUAUGCUGUUGGGGGUUUUGAUGGUUCAACUGGCCUAAACUCAGCUGAAGUGUAUGAUUCUCGAAAAAACGAGUGGCGCCUCAUUGCACCAAUGUCUACUCGGAGAAGUAGUGUCGGUGUUGGUGUUGUAAACAGUCUAUUAUAUGCAGUUGGAGGCUAUGAUGGAGCAUCUCGUCAGUGUUUGUCAACAGUAGAAUGCUACCACCCUGACAUGGACAGCUGGUCACCAGUGCCCGAAAUGUCUGUCCGACGCUCCGGUGCGGGAGUAGGAGUACUGGAUGGAAUACUGUAUGCUGUAGGCGGCCAUGAUGGCCCACUAGUUCGCAAAAGCGUUGAAGCGUACAACCCAGAAGCUGAAACCUGGACACAGGUUGCUGACAUGGCCUAUUGCAGAAGAAACGCAGGUGUUGUUGCUCUGAAUGGUCUCUUGUAUGUAGUAGGAGGAGAUGAUGGCUCUGCCAAUUUGGCUUCAGUGGAGGUAUACAGCCCCAAAACAGACACUUGGUCUAUGCUUCCUUCAUCUAUGGGUAUUGGGAGAAGUUAUGCUGGUGUAGCAAUUAUUGAUAAGCCUAUGUGAAGUACUUGAGAUGUGAUGAAAAGUACAUCUGUACACCACUCAGUCACAAGUUUGUGCCAUGAGUUGUAAGCCAAUUGCACCGUCCAACAGCAGUAGUACUGCCAUGUUAACAUUUUCCUGUCAAGGUUGCCAUUUUUAAGUUGCAACAAAUAUUCUGUUUUUAAUUUUUGUUGUUGUGUAUUUCUUGAUCAAAUCUAGGUUUAAGGUAUGGAAUAAUUUGCCAUUUGUGGAUUUACCCAAUGUGAUCUCUGUCCAUUCACUGUACUUUACAGAAUGUGGGUCUCAUUCACUUUUUUUUUACUUUUAACUUGUUAUAUUAUCAAAUGGUUCAAAAAUUCUAGCUGUUUUAUAACACUUAUAAUACUCAUCUUGUCUACAAACAUGUCAUAAAUCUGGUAAGAACCAAAAAUAUUUUAGGCCCUAUCUGCAUUUAUUUUUGGGCCUGCCCAAGGUGGAAGCUGAGCAUGGGAUGCACCACAUGUGGUCUCUGACAACCUUUGGAAAUGUUUCCUUUUUGCUAAAUCUUGGAGACAUUCUUCAUUUGACUUUCUUAAAGCAUUUAAAAGUUUGGCUCAAUAACAACUGCAUUUAGGUAAUUUGAAACAAAUGUGACUUAGCAAAACAGCUGACCUUCCUUAGUUUAUGUUACUCGUCCUUGUAGUAACUUUUCUUUUUUACUUUAAGAUAAUUUUGUAGACUCCUCUUUGUUACAUUAAGAGAAUUUUUCCUAAUUAGUUUUUGUAGUGUUUUUUUAAAAAUCUGAAUGUCAAUGUAAGAGCUUUCAUUUAAAAAAAAAAACCCUUGAUCAAACUUUUUACUUGAAUUGUGAUAUUUCUGAAAAAAGGUACCAAUAGUUUCAAAACUGGACGAUUUUAAGAAGUAAUUGUGAAUUCAAUCAGUUUUAAGUUGACAAGUACUGUAGCAUAACCAGCAUUGUGAUAUUAUAUGAUGUGAUUUUAUAAAUUUCUACUUUUUAAUUGUUUUUUCUUCUUUUUUUCUCCUGUAAACUAAGGAUGUUUUAAGUGAGAUUCUCCCAGUGGUUUUGAAAAACUUGAAAACUAGUGACAGCAUUGUAAUGACAAUCACAAAACAUCAUGUAGAUUUCUUUCCCUGUUUAAGUCCCCUUUAUUGUGCAUAUGAAAAUAAUGAAGGCUAUCAAUUCCUGAUUUUUUUAAGGGCAACUGUAACAAACUUGCAAUUCCACAAAUACAAUAAAUUCAUCAUGGUGCCACUGAA